GAUGUAACAGCUGAUUGCUAUUUUAUUUUUAAUUUUGUAUUUUGUUACGGAUGUGUUAUUUUUGAAUUUCUUUAAAAUUUCAAGUAGUUUGAAAUUAUUCAUUAUAAAAUGCAAAAUAUUAUCUGUAAUAAAAGCCCGUAUUGGAGCCGUAUACAAACUGCAAUUCGGCACAGUAGUGUGCAAAAUGGGGAAACUUAUUAUGACAUACUUAAAGUGCAAAAAAAUUGUAGUAACCAAGAAAUAAGAAAUGCUUUUGUACAACUUUCAAAAAAGUUUCACCCCGAUGUCAAAGGAAUCACCCCAGAUCCUAAACAAACAGCGCAAUUUGUAAAGAUUUCGGAAGCUUAUCAAAUCCUCAGCAAACCCAAAUCACGUUCAGCAUAUGACCAACGAUUAUGGGACGCAGGUGUGCUACGGCCUGGUCAAAGAUCGAGGUCCGGAGCUGUAAAAAAUAUGCACUCCACUGAAAUACAUAGGCCAUGGGAAAUAAAACCAAACUUCGAUCCAAAUCCCGGGCCUUACUACGGGGUGAAAGGUUUAGAGCGUGUUUCUAAUUUGAAAGUAGCCAUUGCUCUUGCAGUUUUAGGAAUUGCUGGGGCAAUAUUUGGAUUUGUUUCCGUAAACACUUAUUAUCUCUUCAGUCACUCCUUCACUUUUAAUCGCCAAAAAUUAGAUGCUAAAUCGGCGGAAGCGGGGAUUUAUCAUGCGGCUAUUCGUGCGGACGCUGAAAAAUAUGGCAAUGAAGAACAACUACGGCGAAUGCUGAAUCGAAUGUCAAAGGACGAAAGAUGAGUUUCACGACCUAUGGAAUUUAUUCUGCACAUAUUUUAAUAUAAUUGUUUAUAUAAAACCACUAAUAAAAAAAAAUACACGUGA